AUGGUCAUACCACCAGACCUUGCCGGCAGCACCUCUGCGGAGUUGCUGAGAGAGGCGGAGGAGAUCGGAGUGAGGGGCGGCGGCGGCGCUGGAGGGAGAAGGGGAGCGGCCUGGGAGAUAGUAGAAGCCGGCCGGAGAGGAGACGGAGGCGGCGGCGAAACUCGCCGGCGACGGCACACAGCGGAGCUGCGCGGCACGCGCCGGUGGAGAUGGUGGCGCCGGAAAAGGAGGAGGAGCCGGAGAUGUGAGGUCAGCGGAAAGAGGGGCGAGACCGCAGGCCGGGGUAACGGGAGAUGGAGCAGCAGCGAUGCACGGGAUGCGCGACGCGGCACGGCGAGAGGCGCGGGUCGGAGGCGGCACGGCGCACCGGGACGGCGAUGCGGGAGGCGAAGAGCGCGGCACAACAGCGCGCUCGAGACGGCGUGGCGCUACGGGACGCGCGGCAGAGCGCAGGAGGCAGAGCGCAGCGGCGACGGCGGCCGGGACGGCGCGUUGGCACGGCGCACGCUACGGCGGUGGGACGACGGAGGCGUGAUGUGGGAGGCGCGGCCGAGGCGGCUACGCACACAUCGGCUAGCGGCAGCUCAGUCGGACGGCGCGUCGGCUUUGCGGCCGGGCAGAACAGGAAGGCGGGCCGAGGCAGUGGCUGGGCGCCUGGGCCAGCUGAUCGACGCAACGCGCAUGGCGUGGCUUGGGCCGGCAGUGUGCACGAUGCGGCAGUGGAAGGCGAAGGCGCACGGCGGCUGGAGGGUGCGGCGCGGUGCACAGAGGAGCGCACGGGCGGCUGAGCAAAGGGAGGAGGGGAGGAAUGGGCACCGGGAGAUGGGAAGAGGGAGGCUCACCGUGUAUGGAUGGUGUGGCAUGGUGGAGUUGUGGUGGCGCCUCCGCGACGGGACAGCGCGGCUGGACGCGGGCGAGUUACCGGGACGGCGUGCGCGCCGCGCGAGCGGACGGCACGGCACACGUGGUGAUGGUGACGCGUGA